AUGAAUGGCAUUGUGAUCUGGUCAAAUUCCUUGGAAGAACAUGAGUGCAAUGAGUGCAAUGUCUGUGCUGUUCUCCAGGCGCUUCGUGAUGCUCGCCUCUAUGUCAACCCAGAUAAAACACAUCUGUUCUGUACUGAAAUCGAUUUCCUUGGACACCAUGUCAGUGCCUGA